AAGGCCCAUAAGAAAUGGACUUUGGGUUUCUUCUAAACCCCAAAACUACUCAGAGCUAGUCGAUCAUGGGGUUUUCAUUUUGAGCGAAUCAAUCCCCACUUCCCCUUUUCUCAACUUGUCUGCCUCCUCCCGUUCGUCCCUCCGGGUUAGAAUCGAACAGCUACCGUCUGUGCUCUAGUUUUCUUCUGCUGAAUCCUUAAGUAGUCGUGAAAAUGAGAGCUUUUGCAAGCUAUCCUCUGCUUUUUAGUUCAUAAAUCACAAAAAGAAGUGAUGGGAUUUUUUUAUUUUUAAGCCUGAAGAUUAAAGUUUCAAGCUUGACUUUAGAUGAGCAGAUAAGUAUCACAUGCGCUUGAAGAGUUAAGGAUAUGGCUGUGUCAAUAUCUAGAAGGCUUUUGCGUUCAUUUGGGACUUUAUCUACGUUUGGCCACUGUGAUUCCCUGAGUGUUACUUCUAAUUCAUUUAGAGCUUCUCAAGUGUUCACAGAUUCCUGUGGCUAUGUUUCCGGGGAUGGCUUAUUUUCUUCCUUUAGUUAUUUACGGGCAGGUUCGUCUUUCUUUACCAAUCGAAGGCUUUCAACUUCUAUUCUGACUCCAGACUCAAGUGGCAGUGCAUUUCCUUCAGAUUUAUUGUCUAAGAAGACUCUAGUAACACCAGAACGUACGAUAGGCGUUUAUCAGGACCUAGUAAUUCCUGUGACAAAUUUUCAUAAUGAGGAUAAGGGCUUCAUGGUGUUGGCUGGUGAUGUUUUUGAUGUUCCUAUUAGGAAGGAUAUUGUUCAUCGGGUUGUAAGAUGGCAGCUUGCUAAACGACAACAGGGAACUCAUUCAACCAAAACUAUUAGUGAGGUUAGUGGAACUGGUAGAAAGCCAUGGCGACAGAAGGGUACUGGUCGAGCAAGGCAUGGUACUUUGCGUGGUCCUCAGUUCAGAGGUGGUGCUACCAUGCAUGGCCCUAAGCCACGAAGUCAUGCUAUUAAGCUAAAUAAGAAGGUUCGGCGUCUUGGGCUGAAGAUUGCGCUCUCUGCUCGUGCAGCAGAAGGUAAGCUUCUCGUUUUCGAGGAUAUGGCAGUCCCCACGCAUAAAACCAAGAAUAUCGUAAACUUCUAUACAGAAAUGGAGAACACGAAGAAACUUCUGCUCAUCGACGGUGGUCCCAUAGAUGACAAGCUGAAGCUAGCUACACAAAAUCUACACUACGUGAAUGUACUGCCUUCAAUUGGCCUGAAUGUUUAUAGCAUUCUGCUGCACGACACGCUAGUGAUGUCCCGUGAUGCUGUAAACAGAAUCGUUGAGCGGAUGCACACUCCAAUUAAUCGUUGAACCUGGCAUCGGAAGUCUGUGUCUGAUUAGUUCUGGCCGAGUUUAGUCUUCAAUUCUUUUUUCUUUUUCUAAAGAGAGAUCAAGGGGGGGAAGGAGAAGACCCUGAAUAACAUGCAUGUUUGUUUUCUUUCUUUCCUUUUUGGGAUUAGAAAUGCAGAAUUAAAUGAGAAGCUGUCUAUUUUUACUGUAUCAACUUUGUACCACCAACUAUGAAAUCUAUUAUUUUCAAUCCUAAAAAUUGACAUUGCCAUA